AUGAAGGACAACGCUGUCUUUGAUUGGCUUUUUUUUUGCACUUUCAACCAAAUAACUCGGUAUUCGCGUUUGACAUUUUUUUCUCAACUUCAGCCGGUCCCUUAUCCGCCAGGUCAACCGCACACCGCCUUUUCGGGUCCAAAUUCUAUUGAGCCUGCACAGAGCCAUCACCUGCAUCAGGGUCUUCAGAGGUCUCUUGGCAGCGGAAGUGGACUUACUGGACCUAGCAGCGUUCCUGACGCCUUGAGCAGUACCUAUCAGGUCUCACCCAUGGGCGCGCAAGGCUAUGUUCUUGCACCGCCGCUCUCAGCUGAAAGCCAGGUGUCACGACCUCCCCCUCAGCCCAUCCCACCGCAGCAGCAACAGCAACCGCAGCAAGCACCACCCCCCCAACAACAGUACUAUCCAUCAAUUGCCCCAACGCCUUAUGAUGUGAGGCUUUGA